AAAAAUUCUCAGAAGCAAUAAGUCAAUUGCCGAUUAUACCUAAAUUAAUCACAUUCUAUUUUGCACUGGAAAAUCCCGCAUUACAAAAUUUAGAUUAUCUUCAGCAUAUAUAUGCACGUUUAGUAACAGAAUGCUUCAGAAUAUUACAGCACGCAAAAGAGCAUAGCAGUGGAUACAAGUUCCUGUGUACUUUUGCAAAACGUUUCUUCAUUACAAAUAUAAUUUUCAUCGAAUUUGACAUCUCUCAAAGAUGCAUAAGGAGAACCUAAUAAUAGUGACUCUUGCUCUUGCGGGGGUGAUUGCAGCAGUCCCUUUAGACCUGGGGGAAGCAGGAAAUACCAUAUCAAUCAAUUCAGAUGAUUCUUCUGGCGCUGGGCAGCGCAACUGUACUUUUACACCUGGAUUAGAAUACGAGCUUUGCCGCCCGGUGGUGGAACACACCACUGAUAUUUCGAGAAUACCGCGACUCCUUGCAAACGUCACAGACUGUGAAUACGAUGAGUGUGUAGCUAAUCGCCUGAAUAUAACGGAAGGUGGCUGCAAGGUGAUCUUGAGUCGUCCCAAUCUGUCGUCGGAAUUUGUGUAUUAUACAGAACCCGUACAGGACAUAGAGGACGUAGAUGCAAACGGUGCCCUAAGCUUUAUUGUUUGGAAGAAAACAAAGGAAACAAUCGGCUUCGGUUGCAAAAGCGUGGUUUACAAAUAAUCAAAUUUUAGUUCAGAAUACUUGAAAGACUUCAAAUGUUUUAUACGUCUUCCUUGUAUUAAAGAGGCUUUCACAAAACAAGUAGUGUGAUGAUUUGCGAAUGUUACUAAAGUGCAUAAAUUGUAUUCAAGUGGUCGCACAAGACGAAGUCUUUAAAGGGAUACUCGGGACUGAAAAUAUUUAAAUUAAAAUAAGUGGAGUAAAGUUCACAAAGCAAAAUGCUGAAAAUUUUAU